UCGGACGUCGAAAAUUGUUAGGAAACGGAUUGCCAUUCGAGCUGAAACUGGAUAAGGAUUAACAAUGCUGACCUGGACCCUGUGGUGUGGAUUACUGUUUCUGUUGUGGUUCUACUUUCUGUGGAGCCGUAGAAGGUUUUACCUGCUCACACUCAAGAUCCCAGGGCCACUCGGAUAUCCCAUUUUGGGCAUGGCCCACUGGCUGAUGAACAGAGAAGAUAUCCUUAACGCGUUCGGCUGUUUUCUCGAUAAGCAUGGUCCUACAAUAUUCUCCUGGCUAGGACCCAUUCCUUUCAUGAUCGUGAGUGACCCGCAGGUGGUGCAGGAUAUCUUCACAUCGCCCCAUUGCGUCAACAAAGGAAUCAUUUACAAGGCAGUGGACGAUGGAGCGGGUGUUGGACUAUUUAGUUUGAAGGAUCCCCGUUGGAGCAUUCAUCGAAAACUGCUGAAUCCCGCCUUCGGCCACAAGGUUCUGCUCAGCUUCCUGCCCAUUUUCAACCGAGAGACGGCACUGCUGCUGGAUCAACUUGAGCCAUUGCAGGACGACGGAGAGAAGGACCUUAUUCCCCUGCUGCAGAAUUUUACUCUGGGAAUAGCCACACAAACCACCAUGGGAAGCGAUGUGAAAAGCGAGGAGAAUGUUAUGAGUAACUCCCUGCUAAAGCGAUACCAAUGUAUGUUGGAAACCAUGACAGACAUGUGCUUCUCGCCGUGGCUCAAUAGCCGAUUUAUUCGCCAGCUGCUGGGAAAGGAAUCGCAUUACUACCAGGCAAAGACAGAAAUUCGCCAGUUUAUCAAAAAGCUCAUCGAAAAAAAGUUGGCCAAGGAUGAAACGCACAAAUUAAAUGGGACGCAAUCGAAUGAUAAGAAUAUCUUUCUUAAUCUGGCCAUAGACCUAAUGAGAAGGGGAGUGUUUAAUUGGAAAAACGUUGAGGAUGAGUCGAAUAUUAUUGUUUUUGGAGCUUUUGAAACCACUGCAAAUGCCGUUUAUUACACAUUAAUGUUGCUGGCAAUGUUUCCCGACUACCAGGAGAAAGCCUUUGAGGAGAUUAAGAGCCUGUUCCCCAAAACCGGAGACUUUGAUGUGAGCUAUGUUGACACUCAACAAAUGGUGUAUCUGGACCUGAUUCUCAACGAGUCAAUGAGAGUUAUACCUCCGGUUCCAGUUGUGUCACGACAAACGUCCCAGGACUUGAAGCUAACUAAUGGGAUAGUCGUACCCCAAGGAGUUCAGAUCGCCAUCGAUAUUUAUCAUAUGCACCGCAGCAAAACAAUAUGGGGUCCAGAUGCAGAAACCUUUAAUCCGGAUCAUUUUUUACCAGACAAUAUCCGGGAUAAGCAUCCGUACGCCUAUAUACCCUUCACCAAGGGAAUCAGAAAUUGCAUAGGUUGGAGAUACGCCUUGAUAUCGGCUAAGGUUACACUUGCCAAAUUGUUGAGGAAUUAUAGUUUUAAGACAAGUUUCCCGUUCAAGGAUCUUUAUUUUGUUGAAGAUAUAACCAUGAAGCUUAAAACUGUGCCACUGCUGGAGCUCCAGAAGAGAAUUUAAAUGUUUGUUAAACUUAGUAUUAAAAAAAAUGAAUAUAGAAUAAUAAAUGUUGUUAAACGAA